AAAUCGAAAGUGAAAAUAUUUCCUAAUUACAAGAAAACGGAAUAUUUCGCAACAUAGUGAAAUUCCAUCAUAGUCUUUUUCAACACAUACAAUGUAUGGGAGAUGCGGAUUUAUUAUAGUGACAAUCGUCAGUAUAUUUGUUUUAUUCCUAUCCAGUGUUGUUUAUUGGAUCUGGAAAGACCAAAUCGCUGAGAAAUUUGGCGGCGAAGAUUCGGUUGCAUCUAAGAUAAAGAACGGGCUCUACAAUGUGAAGGUAAACCAUCUCGAUGCUUCAAUAGUAGAACAACAGCUUAACCAGUUUACGAAAUGGGAGGAGGGCUCCGAAGUAACACGUGCGAGAAGAAUUCCGAUGGCGAAAUUACAAGAUUUCCUCGAUCAUCUUUUGAAAACUUAUGGAGAUAGUGGCAUCACAGCGGCAGACAGGAAUAAAUGGAACGGAGUACAUUUUGCAGAGGAAUGGACGUCCAAAAUUAUUGAGUGGAAAUUUAAUGCUGACACUGCAGAUUCAACCGGUGUUCAGGGAGCACGAUUUGGGAUCGUGGGGUUCGCGAAAUCAGCAGAUGGAGAAUACGUCGAUUGUAUGUUAGCAAUUUACAAACUGGACUUUCGUUUGGCGCCACAAAUAGUAAUGAAGGACAACUCCAUUCUUUGGGGAUUGUACGUCUGGUCAACAUACCAAAAGUUUGAAAUUGAUAGAAGCAUCAGUCGGGAGGAAAUUGCUAAAUUCCAGAAUUUUUUCCGAUACAAAGCACUGAAUGAAUUUAAAAAGGAAGGGGUCAUUGAUCGAAUUUCUUAUACAGAUCGACUGGAAUACAAACCAAACAAAAACUGAAUUAUAUAUAUGCAACAGAGAGCGCAAAGAAAAGACAUUUUCACAUGCUUUCUUUAAUUUUUUUUUAGAUAAUUAGAUGUAUUUUCUUUUCAGAAUUAAUCAUUCGCUUUAGAUAUGGAUGUACAUUUCGCUGACUGCAUUUUUGACUCAAAUUUAAUCGUUUUCUUUACACGCUUUUAAUUGAGUUUGUAUAAUCCAAGGAAUAAACAAGAAA